UUAUUAGGCCUAGGCCAAGGCCAAGGCCCAAGUCUCGAUUCAACGACUCCCGGCCCAAGUCUCGAUUCAACGACUCCCUUCUCUCUCAUUACUUUCCCGCCUCGGACGGCUCCAUGAGCUGCGCCUGACUGCAAACUCAGGCGAAGCUUUCAGUCUCGUCAAUGGAAGAACACGAUGAGAUCUCCGGCGGCUUCCUUACGAAUUACACUGACCAACCCCUCUCUUCCCAAGCCCUACCUCGUAUCAGAGCCCUGAUCAUAAGCCCCUCAAUUCCCGAUUCCACAAUCUCCUCCAUCUUUCAAACCCUAACUCGGUCUCUUGAACUCAGCCGCGACUCCGUCGUACUUCAUCAAGCACUUCACCUCCUCUCCGAUUUAUCUUCUCACCAUCCUCAAUUCUCCCGCAUCGUCUUCGACUCGGUCCGCUCUCACUCACUCCUCUCCAACGCGUCGACUCACCUUGCCGUCCAGGCGCUCGAUGUCAUCGUUUCCAUCGCGGAACGUGACCCUGCGUUGGUUCCAGCCGUAUACGAGCUUGACGAUGACGGUUUUUUCCCCUCGCUGUGUUUCCGUCCAUCGCUGUCCGUGCGACUGUGGCUACUGAAGAACGCCGAGAGGUUUCGUGUUCGGCCGCAUGUUUCGUUCACUCUGUUUCUCGGGUUUACGAAGGACCCUUACCCUUGCGUGAGGAGAGCUGCUCUUGAUGGACUGGUUCGUUUGAGCGAGUUCAAUGUCAUCGAGGACGAAGACAUGAUCCGCGGCUGCUAUAACCGUGCCGCUGAUCUUCUACGCGACAUGGAAGAUAGCGUAAGGUCGGCUGCAGUUCGUGCGGUUUGUGCUUGGGGUCUAGUCCUCGCGGCAUUCAACCCUGAAACAAAAUUACAGUGUUCUGAUGAAUUAUUUGUCAAGGUGUGUUCUAUGGCUAGAGACAUGAGUGUGGAGGUCAGGGUUGAAGCUUUCAAUGGCCUAAGGAAAAUAGAAGUGGUAUCCGAGGACAUUCUUCUGCAAACCCUGUCGAAGAGACUUCUUGCAAUUGUUAAAGAAAAGAGAUCUCUUGGUCUGUGCUUUGGUGAACAAUUUGAAAUAUUGGCAUCAAGUGUUGCUGGAGCUUUAAUGCAUGGACUUGAGGAUGAAUUCUUUGAGGUGCGGAAGUCUGCUUGUCAUUCUUUGUCUACACUCAUCAUCCUCUCUGCUAACUUUGCUCGGGAAGCCUUAAACUUGCUGAUUGAUGUACUGAAUGAUGGUUCAGUCAUUGUUCGGUUACAAGCUUUGGAAACUAUGCAUUGUAUGGCAAGCUGUGAUCGCCUGAAAUUGCAAGAGAAACAUGUGCACACGUUUCUUGGUCCUCUGGUUGACAAAACUUUAUCCGUCAGAUGUGCCACUAGGAAAAUACUUAAAUUAGUGAAGCUUUCGGUUUUGAAACUCUUUACUCUAACAGUAGAUGCGCUGCUAGACAAUUUAGCAAGAUAUCCAGAGGAUGAAGUUGAUACAUUCUCAGCUUUGUUUCACUUUGGUCGAAAUAAUGGAAAAUUUGUAGUGUGCAUUAUUGAGGAUAUCUUACAACAGAUAGAGCCAACAUCUGAUGGCAAGUUGGAUUUUGAUAAUGUGAGAGUAGCUGGUAUGCUAGUUUUGGCAAUCUCAGCUCCACUCUCAGGUGAAAAUGCUUCCAAAAUUCCACAGAGAGUAUAUUCUUAUGCACUUACAAUGCUAGGAAGGAUAGCUGAUUCACUGAGUGAUGUUAUGGACCAAAGUGAUCUUUUAGUCUACUUGUCUCGGUGCAGUAAAUCCAGAAGCCUCUCCGCAAUUGAGCUCAAAGAGGGAGGACAAUGUUUUCCUUUGGUCAAAGGUGACAUUCAAGUUUACUUUAAUGAUGACAUAAUUGGUUCCCCUGCAAAACCUUCACAGCAAAAGAUAGAUGGAACCUCUGAAAUUCAGUUUCUAGACAUUGAUGAGCCACAAAAAGUCACUUCACUUUUAAAUUGCAAGCUGGAAGUCCAUGAUGAAAUAAUUAGGUCUAUAAAUGCUAUCACAGCAAGGGUCAAAGAUAUUUGGCCAUUAGUACAAUCGGGAUAUGGGCAUGAAGUGCUGAGAAUGUUGAGGAGUUGCAAAGAAGAGCUAGCAUUGUUUGACUCGAAUUCCGGUGAAUCUGCUGGGGUUUUAAGCUUCACAUUGCUAUAUCUCCAGUCCAUUGAACUGCUCGCCAAGGUGUGGGGUCACUUCCUGCCUCCAAAUUUUCUCGCCUGUAGAAUGGGAACAUUGGAUCUUUUGUUUGGAAAACUGGAGAGGAGGCUCAGAGAAUUGAGGGGUAGGUUUAUAUGUUUGUCUGAAGAGGAGGAGUUGCAUGUCUUGGAAUUGGUUCUUUUGACUUGCAUACUCAAGCUAUAUAAAGUUGAAUUUUUCUGCAAACACGAUACACUAGAAAAACUCUCUACUACUCUUUCAGAGGUGGAAAAUCUCCUUAAAGAAGACUUUAUUCAACCUUCUAGUUUUGUAAUUGAAGUAGGUAAGUUAUCAGCAGAAAUUCAUACAUCUGCCAGUGGUGAAUCCUAUGAUCGCUCUCUAUUUAGAAGGUUAUUGGAAAUGUUCUGCCUCAAAGAGAUUGUGUUUUGUGGGAGACUCAAGAAUGUAAAAGCGGAACUAAACAUUCCUAAUAAUGACCCUGAAAACCCUAUUAUUUAUAUUCCAGGACUACCUGUUGGCAUAGCAUGCCAAAUUACUGUUCACAACAUUUUGGUUGAGAGUAGGUUGUGGUUGAAGAUGACAAUGGGUGAUGGAUCAGCUCAAUUUAUCUUUUUGGAUUUGAGUUGUUUUGAAGAAUGUAAUGGUUAUAGAAGAUUUUCAUUUCUUGCACCCUUCUACAAAACCCCAAAAGCAAUGUCCUUUAGUAUUAGGCUGUGUAUUGGUAUAGAAUGCCCAUUCGAGGAUCUCCACUUUGUCAAACGUGGCGUGGGUCCUAAGCACAAACUGGCCUAUCUUUGUAAAGAAAGGGAGGUUUUUCUGUCUAUGAUAUCUAAACGCUAAGUGAGCUGUUUUACCUCUUAUGUAAAUUGGGGAAAAGGCAACCUUGUGGUCGGUACGGUUCAGACAUCCAGCUAAAAUGAUGAUAACAUAUCUCUGUUGAUUCACUUUCUCCAGAUGGCUGCUUAAUGCUCUUUGAAUCAGAGAAAAGGUCUAGAUUGCAAGGUUGGUUCAAUCAAAUUUUGUUGUCAAAAACCAAAAUGAUGAUAGGCAAAUUGGUGAAAGGGAAACAAAUAAUUUCUCCCAAGCAUAAAAGUAUAAUAGGAGAUUGCAUGUGAAAGCUUUUUGUGAUGCUGGAGACGGUGGAGCCAAAAUCCAACUAGUUUCUGGAAAUCAUGUCCAAUAUCUGUAUCAAAAUCUUACACCGCUGCUUCAUCGUUUCAGUUUAUGCAGAGCACAAAAAGAUAUGGUUGCAAGUUCCUGGCAUUGCUCCAACACUUGUGUGAUAAGAUCGAGUGAUGAACAACUCUGCUGCCGCCAGACCGGGAUAAAGUAAUUUGAACGAUUUACGACUCUGCCACCUGCCUGGAAUAAAGUAAAACUGCAGCCCUCGUUGACAUUCGUUAUUGUUAGAACUUAGCCACUAAAGGAUUUUUAAAUGUGGCUAAAUAUGUCAUUCAAAAUUGGAGUUGUAUCCAUGCCUAAAUAAAAUGAAAUUACCGUAUUUUUUA